CGGGCUACGCCUCCUCCCCCUCCCCCGCGGCCUGGGGCCUCCCGGGCCAGCGGCCUGGGGCCGAGGAGACCCGCAGAGGCGGCGAGCCCGGCUGCCGGGCGAGAACUGAGGUCCCGAGCGCCGAGCCGCCUCCGCCGGCGCGGAAACACCCGGCACCGCGGCUCUCGCCGCGGUCUGGGCCCGGCGUAGUAAACACACUUCAGAAACGUGAGGUGCCGGUGGUCACGUGGGGCGCGCGGCGCCCAAUGAGGAGCCGGGGGCGGGGCGGAGGCCGCUGACGCGGCGGAGUCACCCGGGCAGCCUCGGGACCGGUGACCGGCCCGGCGAACGUCCAGCGGCCUGGUGCUCCAGCCCGCGCGAUCUGAGCUCCCUGCCCGCUCCGGGGCGCACAGGCCGCGUCGCGCGCAGCCCGCGGGGAGCUCGUGUUCGCUGGUGGAGAGCGCUUGGGACGCGCCGCCGUCUCCUCGAGGGCCGCCUCGCUAAGGGCGAGGUUUCCGUGACGAGCCUCCCGGGGCUGCUGCGGCCAGCUCGGGCCGUCGUGGCGGCUCGAGCCCCGCGCGCUCGCUCGCGCUCCGGGGAUCGCAGGCCCUGGAAGGUAUGCGAGUCCUCCGGACGCUGGCCGCGGGCGCGGGCUCCUGAAGGACGUCGCCCGUGGACCUCGGCGCCUCGGCAGCCUCCAUUCAUCUGCCAGCUGCGCGCUCGCCGCCUCGGCGCCCGGCCUCGGCGUCGCCCCCUCCCGUCCCCUCUCUGCCGUCCCUUCCCCACUCCUCGCGUGCGGAGGUUCUCCUGGAAGCGCAGGUGUCGGUUAUGAGCCCGGCUUCUCUCCCUUGAAGCUCUCGGUAAAGGAAGUCGGGGUGACCAGCCGCGUCCCGGGCAUGGGGGUGAACGCCGUGCACUGGUUCCGAAAGGGACUCCGGCUCCACGACAACCCCGCCCUGAAGGAGUGCAUCCAGGGCGCCGACACCGUCCGCUGCGUCUACAUCCUCGACCCCUGGUUCGCCGGCUCUUCCAACGUGGGCAUCAACAGGUGGCGAUUUUUGCUUCAGUGUCUUGAGGAUCUUGAUUCCAAUCUACGAAAAUUAAAUUCUCGUCUAUUUGUGAUUCGUGGACAGCCAGCUGAUGUGUUUCCCAGGCUUUUUAAGGAAUGGAACAUUACUAAACUUUCCAUUGAGUAUGAUUCUGAGCCUUUUGGGAAGGAACGAGAUGCAGCUAUCAAAAAGCUGGCCACGGAGGCUGGAGUGGAAGUCAUCGUGCGCAUCUCACACACGCUCUACGACCUGGACAAGAUCAUAGAACUCAACGGUGGACAACCACCUCUAACUUACAAAAGGUUUCAGACUCUCGUCAGCAAAAUGGAGCCCCUGGAGAUGCCAGCAGAGACCAUCACUGCGGAAGUGAUAGGAAAGUGCGUGACCCCUUUGUCUGAUGACCAUGAUGAGAAAUACGGAGUCCCUUCCCUGGAAGAGCUAGGCUUUGAUACAGAUGGCUUGUCCUCUGCAGUGUGGCCAGGAGGAGAAACUGAAGCACUCACCCGUCUGGAAAGGCAUUUGGAAAGAAAGGCCUGGGUGGCAAACUUUGAAAGACCUCGAAUGAAUGCCAAUUCCCUGCUUGCGAGCCCAACUGGACUCAGUCCUUAUCUCCGAUUUGGUUGUUUAUCAUGUCGGCUAUUUUAUUUCAAACUCACAGAUCUCUACAAGAAGGUAAAGAAAAAUAGUUCUCCUCCUCUUUCUCUUUAUGGGCAACUUCUAUGGCGUGAAUUUUUCUAUACAGCAGCGACAAACAACCCACGCUUUGAUAAAAUGGAAGGGAACCCCAUCUGUGUUCAGAUUCCGUGGGAUAAGAACCCCGAGGCUCUGGCCAAAUGGGCAGAAGGCCGGACAGGCUUUCCAUGGAUCGAUGCCAUCAUGACGCAGCUGCGGCAGGAGGGCUGGAUUCACCAUUUAGCCAGACAUGCGGUUGCGUGUUUCCUGACACGCGGUGACCUGUGGAUCAGUUGGGAAGAAGGGAUGAAGGUCUUUGAAGAGCUGCUGCUUGACGCCGACUGGAGCAUAAACGCCGGGAGCUGGAUGUGGCUGUCCUGUAGCUCCUUCUUCCAGCAGUUCUUCCACUGCUACUGCCCUGUCGGCUUUGGGCGGAGGACAGACCCCAAUGGAGACUACAUCAGGCGUUAUUUGCCUGUCCUGAGAGGCUUCCCUGCAAAAUAUAUCUACGAUCCUUGGAAUGCACCAGAAGGUAUCCAGAAGGUAGCCAAAUGUUUAAUAGGAGUUAAUUACCCCAAACCAAUGGUAAACCAUGCUGAGGCAAGCCGUUUGAAUAUUGAAAGAAUGAAGCAGAUCUAUCAGCAGCUUUCCCGGUACAGAGGGCUAGGUCUUCUUGCAUCCGUCCCUUCUAAUCCUAAUGGGAAUGGAGGGCUCAUGGGCUAUGCUCCUGGAGAAAACGUCCCAAGCUGUAGCACUGGUGGAAGCUGCCCUCAAGGAAGUGGGAUUUUACAUUACGCUCAUGGAGAUAGUCAGCAAACUCACCUGCAAAAGCAAGGAAGAAGCUCCAUGGGCACUGGCCUUGGCAACGGGAAGCGCCCUAGUCAGGAAGAAGACACACAGAGUGUUGGUCCCAAAGUCCAGCGACAGAGCAGUAACUGAGAUGAAAGCAUGCAGGAGGAGUUCUGGCGCAGCUGAAAUUGGUGGGAAAGUCAGUACUCUUCAUUUAAAUUAUUUAAAAUGCCCUUCAUUCAUGGAAAACAGUCAGAUUUUGAACCUAUUAUUUCUAAAAACAUUUCUGUGGUUUUUAACUUUUUAAUGAAUAUCACAUAGGACAAGUGCUCAUUUGUAUAUAAAGAACUUGGUAAAAGAUUUGCUUAAUGUAAAUACAGUCACAGUUAGUAUAGACUCAUCAGUAUAUUUUUGAUAAUUUUUCAUGUAUGGUAAAAGUUAAAGUUUAACAGAUAUUCUGAUAUAAAACUCAAGUUUUGAGAGUCAUUGCAGGAAAAUGGGGUGUUUUUAGACUUUCUUAAAAGACUUUGUUAAAAUUUUAGGACACAUUUUUCUUGACAUCAUUGUUUAACCUAGUUUUCCAGGGUUUGAUAACAACGCUUUAGAAAAUACAUGUCAUCAGAGUGAGUGGGCAGGACCUCUGUCCGCGCGUGUGCAGCUGCUCUGCACACUGUGGGUGUGCUCCAUCUUUUGUCCCCCUGUUUUCAUUUAUAGCUGAAGUGACUUUGUUAUUAAAGUAUGCGCAAAUACGGAA